CGAGAACGUCCCAGCGAGACAGUCUUGAGAAAAAGCGAGAAUCGAGAGCAAGAGAUUCGAGGGAUUUAUACACCAAACACAACACAACAAACACAUACACGCCGCGUCUUAGUUUUGUUUUUUUUUUUGUGCCUUGAGACAACACAAAAAUUUUCUUAAAUCCAAAAAAAAUUACCCGAAAAAUACGAACGAAAACGACAAAAUAUUUUUUUUGCCAGUGAAAAACGGUUUUUGCGAGAGCGGGCAGCAUUGCCAGCUCGCAAAGAAAAGUGCAGUGCGACCAGUCCACACAAGGAUUAACAACAUUGGAUUACAACCGCAACAAGCAGCAGCAGGAGCAGCAACAACAGCAGCAACAUAUAUAUUUUUUUUGUUGGAGAAACAACCGAUUGAAAGAUACAAAACAGCAUCAAGAUGCAUCUACCCAAUGGUCCCACAAUGGUAGCCAACAGCACCGCUGUGGCGCACACACAAGUGCUGGCUGCAGCUGCCGCAGCGGCCGCAGCAGCGGCUGUGGUCAACUCCGGUACGAGCGGCUCCACAACGACGAUGAUGGCGAUGGCACAGAGCAGCCAAUCGCUGGCCAAUACCAGCACCCAUUCGGCCAGCAGCAGCACCGGCAGCUCCACGCCGGACAUCAGUGCCAAUGCGAAUACCACCGCCAACAGCAGCAACAGCAGCAGCAGCAACAACAACAACAACAACACAGCGAACAACAACAGCAGCAGCAGCAACUCGGCCAAAAUGCCCAGCUCGAUGACGGACAUGUUUGCCAGCCUGCACGAGAUGCUGCAGGAAUAUCACGGCGAACUGGCCCAGACCGGCUCCCCAUCGAUACUGUGCAGCGCCCUGCCCAACCAUUGGCGCUCCAACAAGUCGCUGCCGGGCGCAUUCAAGGUGAUCGCCCUGGACGAUGUGCCCGACGGCACACUGGUGUCGAUCAAGUGCGGCAACGAUGAGAACUACUGCGGCGAGCUGCGCAACUGCACCACAACGAUGAAGAACCAGGUGGCCAAGUUCAAUGAUCUGCGCUUCGUGGGCCGCUCCGGCAGGGGCAAAUCCUUCACGCUGACCAUCACAAUUGCCACAUACCCGGUGCAGAUAGCCAGCUACAGCAAGGCCAUCAAGGUGACGGUCGACGGGCCGCGGGAGCCAAGAAGUAAGCAAAGCUAUGGCUAUCCACAUCCCGGCGCCUUUAACCCCUUCAUGCUGAACCCCGCCUGGCUGGACGCCGCCUACAUGACGUACGGCUAUGCGGACUACUUCCGCCACCAGGCCGCUGCCCAGGCAGCCGUCCACCAUCCGGCCCUGUCCAAGGCCUCGCCAUCGAGCAGCUCCAGCAUUGUGUCGCCCAGCGCCAGUGGCGCAGCUGCCGGUGGUGGUGUGGCCAGCGGCGGCAAUGCCGCGGGACCCGCCGACUACCAUCAUGUGUCGCAGAUAACGCCGCCACCGUCCGGGGCAGCAACGGCCGCUGGCCAACCGGCUGCCAUGAUGCCCUCGCCGCCAGGAGCCGCUCCGGCCGCAGCCUACGCCAUGCCCCAGUUCCCGUUCAAUCAUGUUGCCGCCGCCGCCGCAGCAGCCGCCCAGCAGCAGCAGCAGCAGCAGCACCAUGCCAAGUCCACACCACACGCCUUCCAUCCGUAUAACUUUGCGGCCGCCGCGGGUCUGCGCGCGCGCAAUGCGGCAGCGGCUGUCCUGCACCAUGGCGGCGACGCCACCGGCAUCAGUCACAUCAGUCCGGCCUCGUCGCGCCCCUCCAGCUCCUCGCCGACGCAGCAGCACGUUCUGCUCAAGCUGAACACCUCGAUCGAGACGAGCUCGAUCCACGAGCAGUCCGCCUCCGAUGCCGACUCCGAUGACGAGCAGAUCGAUGUGGUGAAGUCCGAGUACGACCUGGACAAGUCGAUCGACUCCAGCCGCAGCUCUCCGCUCGCCCAGCACAUCUCCAUCUCCGUGCCCCUUCGCAUGCGCUGCGACCUCAAGGCGCCCUCCGCCCUGAAGCCGCUCUUCCACGAGAGUGCGACGGCGGCUGCCACAACACGACAGGCAUCGCCGGAGACGACGCUGCCGGCGGCCACCAAGCUGAAGAAUGCCGCUGUCCAGCAGAAGACCGUGUGGCGGCCCUACUAAGUGGUGGCAGGCUGGCAGGCAGGCAGGCAGUAGGAAGGUGGAUCAGCAUCAGGAUCCCCCGACAAAAGUGAUACGAACAUGUGACUGUUUGCGGAAUUGGCAAAGCGGAGUGGAGUGAAGUGGAGUGGAGUGGAGUGGCAGCAAGGCAGCAAGGGGAACGGUGAAGAGGCAGCGCAGAGCGGCAAGCAAAAAAAAAAAAAAUAAAUUGUGAUAUAGUGAUGUAAGUUAGAGCACGCCCACAGCCCACAGCCCACAGCAGUCAACGGCAGGCAUCCGGCGGGCAAACGGAGAGGAAAGCGGAAAAGCGGAAAAGCGGAAACCAGUAGCCAGGAUCACAGACAGCAGAUGGAAAGUUGGCGCAUCGAGCUCCGACGUUGUUUUAUGCUCGAUUCAUAAAAUCGUAGCCCGAGUUCGUGAACCAACCGACUGGCAGACAACUGGCGUUGCCACAACCCAAAAAUAAACAACAACAAAGCAAAGCAAAGCAAAGAAUUUCCCCGAGAUCUUGCAGCGGCAAGAUCUUGAACGAAACAGCAAAACAAAAACUGAAACCUAACGAAAACCAAAACCCAAAGCCGAAAAAAAAUGCAAAGAAACGUUUAAAAAGUAACUUAGCGAUAGGGAAAAAAAAAACUUUAGUUCAAUUCCUAACGACUCCCCCCCCCAGCCCCCAAAAGAAUAACAUUUAUUAUAUGUAAAUUAUAUAUUUUUAUUUUCACUUUAUACACCCCCUCCCCCACACACACACUCCCUGCCUGACCCCUGCUAGCCCCACCACAAAAAAUAUUGUACAUAGAUAUAGAAGACAUUUAUUUUAUUUUUUUUUUUUUGAGGAAACAUCUAUUUUUUUUUGUGGAUAAUUCGAAUUUAGCUAUUGGAUAAUUCUUAAGUUUAUCUAGUGAUGUAAGUGAACAGAAUUUUUUUGUCUAGACUUAAGUUUUAGCGCGAGAAAAAAUGAAAAAUCUAACACAAACGAAUUUCCCCCAAAAGCAAAUAAAAACAAAACA